UCCUGUAGUUGAGGUGUUCCUAGAGGUCUCUCUCUCUCUCUCUCUCUCUCUCUCUUUUUCUUGUGUGUGUUUGUUAAAGAAGUGAUGCAAGAAAGUGGGUUCAGUUUAAUGGUGAUAUUGUGCAUUUUGGUUGUAUUAUGGUGGGGAUGGAAGGUGUUAGAAUCGAUAUGGUGGAGACCCAAGAAGCUGGAGAGGCUUCUCAAGGAACAAGGCGUGAAGGUCACUCCGUACAAUUUACUGUUUGGUGAUUUGAAAGAGAACAUGAGACUGCUCAAGGAAGCUCGGUCCAAGCCCAUGAACCUAUCCCAUGAUAUCGUUCCACGUGUGUUGCCCUUUCAUCUUCAAACUGUACGCAAGUUAGGUAAAACCUCUGCAUUUUGGUUUGGAACAAAUCCAAGAUUGUAUAUUAUGGAUCCUAACCUAAUAAGGGACAUUAUGAACAAGUUUGAUCAGUUUGUGAAGAUCAAAGGAAAUCGACUAACGCGGCUUUUUAUUGGUGGACUUGCUACCUAUGAUGGUGAGAAAUGGGCCAAACACAGAAGGAUUAUAAACCCAGCCUUUCAUGUGGAAAAACUAAAGCGAAUGUUAUCAGCAUUUUAUACAACUUCUAAUGAGAUGGUCAGCAAAUGGGAGAAAUUGGUUGCCUCAGAAGGGUCUUGUGAAUUGGAUGUGUGGCCAGAACUCCAAAAUUUAACUGGGGAUGUCAUCUCUAGGGCAGCAUUUGGUAGCUCCUAUGAAGAAGGUAAACGGAUAUUCAAAUUGCAAGGUGAGCAAGCUGAGCUCUUCAUCCAGUCUUUUCAGACAGCAUUCAUCCCUGGUUUUAGUUUUCUGCCAACGAAAAGGAACAGAAGAAUGAAAGAAAUUGACAGAGAAGUUCGAACCCUUUUAAUGGGUAUCAUCAACAAAAGACAGAAGACUAUGAAAGUCGCAGAAGCCAACAACGAUGACUUGUUAGGGUUGUUACUUGAAUCCAAUGAUACAGAGAUUCAAGAAAAUAAAAACAAGAAGAAUGUUGGGAUGACCAUAGAAGAGGUGAUACAAGAAUGUAAACUAUUCUACUUUGCAGGGCAAGAAACCACUUCUGUUCUUCUUGUUUGGACAAUGGUUGUAUUAAGUAUGCAUUCUGAAUGGCAAGUGCGUGCGAGGGAAGAAGUUUUACAAGUCUUUGGGAAGAACAAACCGGGUUUUGAUGGACUAAAUCACCUCAAAAUUGUUACCAUGAUUUUAUAUGAGGUUCUUAGAUUAUAUCCACCAUUGUUAUUUCUUGAUCGGUGUACAUACAAGAACAUAAAACUUGGAGAAAUAUCUCUACCCCCUGGAAUACAAGUCAUGUUACCUAUAGUCCUUCUUCACCAUGAUCAUGAGGUAUGGGGUGAAGAUGCAGAAGAAUUCAAGCCAGAGAGAUUUGCAGAAGGAAUUUCAAAGGCCACAAAUAAUCAAGUUUCAUUUUUCCCAUUUGGUUGGGGCCCUCGAAUAUGCAUUGGGCAACAAUUUGCGAUGACUGAAGCAAAGAUGGCCCUAGCAAUGGUUCUACAAAGAUUUGCUUUUGAACUUUCUCCAUCCUAUGCUCAUGCUCCUACCACUGUAGUAACUCUUCAUCCACAGUAUGGUGCUCAAAUCAUAUUACAUAAACUGUAGAAUCAUAUCUUCAUAAUCAUCAUUUCUUGGUGAUCUAUCAAUUGAAACUUUCAUUGUG